AGAUGAAUGGUUGAGUUCGUCGCCAGGGAGAGAGGAAUAGGAAGAGGAGGGUCAAUGGAGAGUGUGUGUUGCGUUUUCUUGCUGUGAAGGUAAGAAAGUUGGGUUUUAGGGGGAGGAGGUGGUCCGUGAUGGUUUGGGCCAGGGUCACGUGAGGGGCGCUGAGAUGGGCCUCGCGAUUGCCUCCGCGCGACGGCUCGGCCUCGCGCGCUACGAGCGCUCGGCCUCGUGAAGGAGGGAUCGUUCGGACCUAUACUGUAGGUAUGAACGUUUGGUAUAUAUCAAAGUCCAAAAUAAAAAUAAAACAGCAACAUGGUGAUUUCUUACGCUUCGUGGAUGAUAAUUUGCUUUACACGUAAACCCAACAUCUGAAAUCGCUGUAAAUUCUAAAACGCAGCACAAUUCAUAACGAAGUUGCAGAAAAACUCCAACAAAUAGGAUGUAAAUCAAAAUCCAUUUGUAUCUUGCAGAAUUUCCACGAAGCUUCAAAAGAGCAACGCUAGCAGAUUCAUGUGUAUUUGUUUCGUGCAAAACUCGAAAAACCAUGACAUUAUUUGUAGUAAGAUCCUAUAUCGUUUCCAUUUCUGGGUUGUUACGUAGUAUAGAUGUUACUCGUAGUAGAAUUCACCCAUGUCUGUCUGUCGAUCGAUGGAAGAGAGAAAGGCCAAAAUUGAAAUAGCUUUCCCGCAACGCGAGUAGUACGUAUAAUAAAGCAGGGGAUUGAUUCACGCUGUCGUCUUUGUUCGGGGACCGGACCAGAUGAGAUGGGCAGAAUGGCAGAUCCGCACGCAGCGUAGUAUAUCGAACUGCCACCACCUCUCCUUGCCCCGCGCCCGCGACUCUCCAUUCUCCUUCCCACCCUUGGGCUUGGUGUUGGUGGCAUCUCAGCUCCGAUCGUCUGCGACUCCCCUACCCGUCCCGCUCCACGCCACCUCCCCGUCCGGUAUAUCCCAUGGCUCCCUCUUCCUCCGCGUCCGCGUGCCUGUCGAUUCGCCGUAGCUUUUUUUCUUUUUUUUUUGGAACUGGCCAGCAAUUGCUGGUUUUCAUUGGCUUAGCAGAAAGAGAGGGACAGAGUUGUUUGAUCAAGUGAUCGGUGGGUGAUGAAGAGAAACCAACAAAGAAAGAAGUGAAGUAUCAAGCCGAUAUCUCACGCUACAUGCCCGAAAGGUUAUACUCUAAGCAUGCAGCUCCAGCUAUCCUCCAUUGCUCCAUGUCGCAGCGGCAGGCCUUGAUGGUGUUGUCCGCGCUCGGCAGCUUUCCUUUGAACACACAGGCGUUCCUCUCCAUCCAGAUCAGCCAGCUGAUGAGUGCGAUCAUGGAUUUGGUGCCUCUCCCAGCUGCCGGUGCAGCGGCGUCAAUGAUCAUCUGAACCUUGGCAGUAGUUGUUGAUCCCUCGCUCCAUAUAUCAGGGUGCAGGGCGGAGCAGCUAAUCCAGGUCGCGAUAGCUUCUACCCGCGCUGGUGCGGAUUCUCUCGUUCCCGCCCGGAUAGGCCCCUGAUUAAGGCAGGCAUACUGCGCAGGUGGAAGAGCAAUGGCAGUUUAUGAUUUAAUGAUCCCGUGAAGCUUGGAACUUCUCCUCCUUCUUGUUGAAAUAAUAACUAGUCAAGUUCUUGCAUCAGACUUUGCAUUUUUCGAACUAAUAAUCUGUCCAUACUCUGACCCAUACAAGUGUCUUUUCCUACAGAACUAAUUUACACCUUCAUAUCAUCUUCCCAUAAAAAAUACAACUUCUCCAAUAUAAUUACUAUAGAGUACGUUAUAAUAAUCUAGCAUGUCCCAGCAAAAAAAAAGUGGUGUACAAAAGGUUGAUCAAGACCAGCUUACAACUUCUUCUUGCAUUUGAUGUAUCAAGAUCAGCGUAGUACUUAUUGAGAUGCAUGCAUAUUCUUUCCUAAGCUGGUUCAAUUGUAAGGGGCUCUGGUUUAGUUGUAUGGAACUUCUUUCCUAAAAAAUUUAUUGUUCUUUAACGUCAUAAAUAACCGCUCUGGUUUUUUUUAGGGGAAAACAAAUAACUUCUCUGUUUACCUGUGUGCUAACUGAUUUUGUGUAUAAUUCAAAUUUAUGGCCCUCUUCUUUCAUACUCCCUCUGUCCCAAAAUUCUUGUCUUAAAUUUGUCUACAUACGGAUGUAUGAAGUCGCGUUUUAGUGUUAGAUACAUCCGUAUCUAGACAAAUGUAAGACAAGAAUUUUGGGACGGAGGGAGUAUAAUUAAUCUAUUGUUGUAUACCAUCAUAACCUGUUAACCUAUGCCUACACAUAUAGGUCAGCUAAUUCUGCAGGACAUGGAAUUGUUAGUUUUCUGAAUAUUUGGGGGUUUUCUCUUUUUCUCUGAGUAAUGUGGGAAUUUGUAACGCGAAGUAGGUGCCUUGAAUUCCAUUUGCUGUUGAUGAUAGAUAUAUAGUGCAAAUGCUGCAAUUCCCUUAUCUGAAUUAGGAUUUAGGACAAAGCAUCAACAAGGUGUGAACCAUAUAAGCUGUUUGGGCCUUGCAGUAACAAUGAAGGCGUGAAAGUUUGAAAGAAUAUGACACAUCGACUUUGCUCGUAAAACAGAUAUGUUCAGACUUUUUUUUUCCGAUAAAGAGAUAUGUUCAGACUUACGCGGGUGGAUCUUAAGCUGCUUUUGACUAAGUGUAUUAUUAAGCCAUUUGAUCUGAUCAGUUUGCUGUGUGCAUUUGAAAUUCCCACCAACAUAGCACAAUAAAUAUUCAUGGUGACGUAUGAAGACACUUCUAUGUUCUCUCCCUUUUGUUCAUAUGUUGUCUACUGUAAACAAUUUAGGUUUGUACCAUGAAUGCGGAUUAUAAUUCACAAAAUUUAACUCCUCUCUGGCAACUUAAUUUCACUAUGUCUGGAAUGUCAUCUGAUGAUGCAAGUGCUGAAGUGAGGCCUGAAGGAGAAGUUUCUGGUGAAAAGGUAGAAGAAACUCAAGAUCAGAAUGAAGGCAGUGGCAUGCCCUCGCCACAGGAGGAGGAGGCAGCAAUCAAGAAAAAAUAUGGAGGAAAAAUGCCCAAAAAGUCAUCACUUAUAUCAAAGGACCAUGAGCGGGCAUUCUUUGAUUCUGCUGAUUGGGCUUUAGGAAAGCAAGGUGGAAGUCCCAACAAGCCUAAAGGACCCCUUGAAGCCCUUCGACCAAAACUACAGCCUACUCAACAAAAUGCUCGUGCCCGCCGAUCUGCGCAUCCUAAGCAUCUAAGUCCUUGUAUUUUUGUGUUCAAUGUAGUCCCAGUCUCACACAUCAUUAUCUUGCCUGCCGAGGAGCUGACCCAGAAUGAUGAUCCAACUUAAGGCAAGAACAAGGAAUAAGCAUAAUAUGCAUCGUGCUUUUUAUAGGGAAAGUCACGGUUCUGCUGUCAUCAUGCCAAAACUGUUGCCUUGUUAAAUAAUUAGCACCGGUGCUUAUAUUAUGCCUGAGGUUGAGCUCUGCAGUUUUAGCUGUGGCAUAUCUGGCUUCUUCCACAUUCAGCUAUGCCUGAACCAGCUAGGAAUGAACAUUUCAUGAUGGUGGUGUUGUAGUGCCGGAUGUGUAAGAAGAAAUAAUAACAAUGGAACUUCAUAUCUUAA